UCGUUGUAGUCGCAGUCGCAGUCCGGACGGAGACGUUGACGUAGUCGGGAGACCGAAGAUCGCUGAUCGCAGAACGGAGACGGAAGACACACAAACACACACACACACACACACACCGUAUUAGAUGAUUAUUGCGAAGCGUUUUUCGCCAAACAAACACGAAAAGUGUGCGCCACUAUUUUCAAAUCCCGCAGAGCGUCGCGAGCUGUGGCCGGCAACGGAACAGAACACGAGAGUUUCGAUACACCAAACAACAACAAAAAAAAUACUUAACAAAAACCCGAAAUUCACAGCAAACAGUGCAACAACAGUCAAGCAACACCAGCAACAACAACUACAACAAGAUCGCGAGUGUGUGUUCCCCGUGAGUUCGUUCAACAUCGCCGUUGCGUCGCUUUUUGCUGCUUUUGUGCAUUUUUGUCGGGUUCCCAGGGCCGAGGAGCAUGGGAAAAACUGGCUAAGGAUACGCUAAAACCAGCAAAAAGAACAAGAACCACAAAGUACGAAAAAUAAAAUACAAAAAAAGAAAAAAAAAGAAAAAAUGAAAGAAACACACACUAAAACAGUCUGAAUCUGAAACUGGAAGCUGAGCUUCAUCUUUUUAGCCAGAGCCUGCGCUUUGAUUAAAGCGCGCGUUUAAUUUCAUUUUUUACGCUACUCCAAGAAGAAGAACUUGGUACCCCACACGUCUCUCCCUCUGUGCAAAAAAAUUCUCCCUCCCUCGUGCUACCCUCGCGUCGCCGAUCACCGAUCACCGCGUCGUCCACGUCUGAUCGUACAUACGAAUAUAUAUAUAUAUGUAUAUAUUUUUUGGAUGGGGCUCCACCCUUCCAACUAUUUUUCAACAUUUUGCGCUUUGAUUCGCUGUUUCACAUUUUGGGCCCUGGCUGGCUAACUGUGGCCGAUUCGCUCUUUUUUGGCCUGGACAACACAACAACGGCAACAACGUCGUCGUGGCUGCCUCGACUCGGCUCCUUGGGCGCUGCUCAGUACGCCGCCAGCUUUCUCCGUGUGCGUACGAGAUCACGCAGCAGCAACGUACUUAUAAAAUAAAUAAAUAAUAAAAAUAAAAGUGAAAGAAUCCGCGAGAGAUCAUCUUCGUCGUCGCCAUUAACUCGUUGUGAUCUUUGUGAUCGUCUCAUGUUGAUUGUUGAUCGCGGUGGAUCGUCGUCUUCGCGAUGUGUGUGUUGUCGCCUGAAUACGUCAAGUGCGCCUGUCUCACCUCCAGCUUCACUUUAUGCUCACUUCACGCCACAUCGAACUGAAAGUUAACUUAACUCAAACUCAAACUCAAAUUCAACUCAACGCUUGAUUAAUUCGCGCGUCAGAAACUGAAACUUUUGUUGGUUGAUUUCGUUGGUGGGGUUUGUGGGCCUUUUUUUUUAUUUUACUUUAAUUUCGUUUUGCGAAAUAUUCAAAUAAGCAAAUCUCGUGCUCGCGCACUCUCAUCGUGGCCGCAAUAAAAAGCCUUUAACUACCUGCCCAAAUACUGAAAUAAUAUAACAACAACAACUAAGCUACAACAACAACAACAACAGCAGCUGCAAAACGCCAACUAAAACAUAAAAACAACAACAACAACAUUCGAGAGACUGGGACACAAUUGUUUGUUGCCGCUAUUCGCGGCUUCGGACCGAUAUGCGGUUAUUCAUGGUAAUUGCAAUUUUAAUAUUUGCAAUGCCAAUGACGGGAUUCGGCUGGGCCGAGGGCACAAACAUAUUACUCGAUCCAAAUCUAAUGUGCAAAAAGACACGUCGUCUACGUGGCAAACUGGCCGAAAUCUGCCGCCACGAUUCGGCGCUGCUCAAAGAGAUCAUCAAUGGGAUUAAUCUGGGAUUCCGCGAAUGCGAAUUUCAAUUUCGUAAUCGCCGCUGGAACUGCACAGUGUUGCGCAAGAGCAUGAGGAAAAUUUUAAUGCGCGACUCCAGAGAAACGGGCUUUGUGAAUGCCAUCACAGCAGCGGGCGUCACCUAUGCGGUAACCAAGGCUUGCAACAUGGGGCAGUUAGUCGAGUGCUCCUGCGAUAAAUCGCACAUGCGCCGCAAUGGCGGGCAACCUCAAAUGGUGAAUGCGGCAACCGCCGAAGAGGCGUUGGAGCGACAACAGCUGCGCCAACAGUUGCCACCGCAACGUGCUGACAACGAGAACAGCCAAAAUAACAGCAACAUGACGGACAUUAUGCUGGGCAGGCAACGCAAUAGAAAUAGGCCAGGUGGCCGGCGAGGGCGACGCAAAUUUUGGGACAACAUCAAGUUCCCACAGGGCGAAUGGGAAUGGGGCGGCUGCAGUGACAAUGUGAACUUUGGGCUGCGACAUUCGCGUGCCUUUCUCGAUGCCAAGCAACGGCAGCGUCGCAGCGAUCUCGGCACCUUGGUCAAACUGCACAACAAUAAUGCCGGACGAUUGGCUAUACGCGAUUCAAUGCGUUUGGAGUGUAAAUGUCAUGGCUUGUCCGGAUCGUGCACGGUGAAAACCUGUUGGCUAAAGAUGCCGCCAUUUCGUGAGAUAUCAGCACGACUGCUCGACAGAUACGAUGGGGCACGCAAGGUGGCGCUACGUAAUGACGGCAACAGUUUUAUGCCCGAGACACCGCACACGAAGCCUGCAAACAAAUAUCAACUGGUCUAUGCGGAUGAUUCGGCAGACUUUUGCACGGCGAACCCAAAGACUGGGGCCUUGGGCACACAGGACAGGGAAUGCAAUGCCACGUCGACGGGUCCAGAUGGCUGCGAUCAUUUAUGCUGCAGUCGAGGGUAUAAGCAUCGUGUUGUCACCGAGUGGACCAACUGCAAUUGUGUCUUUAAAUGGUGCUGUGAGGUGACGUGUAAGAAGUGCAAGGAGCAUCGUGCGGUUAACACCUGUCUCUAGAUGAGGUGCGGGGUCGUUGGGUUUGGGUUCGGCAUAGUCAUGAACAUUAUUUAAAAGCUUUCCAUUUCGCGUGAUAAACAACAGUUUAAAAACACACAACGUUUUGCUGCAGUCCAUUUUUUAAGUAUUAACUAACACUAGUAAAACAGGGUAAAACACAUACACAUACAUACACAACACAAAAAUACAAAAAUCAAGUUGAUUUUAGCCCGGCUUUAGGUCGUUCUAGUUGUAAAUAAGUAUCAUCCGUAGUAUGAACCAUGUAAGCUUGUAAAUAGUUGUAAUAAAAAGAAGA